AUGAGGUUCACCUUGGCAUUUCUUCUUCUUGCUCGGCUGUGUUUUGAUGUUCUGGUCGUCACCGGGGAUGUUGGGACUGCUUCCUCAUAUGAGCCUCCAUACUUACCAACCAGAUGUAACGGAUACGACCAAAAUCAGUUUCCUGAAGGUGGCUUGUUUGCUGCUGCAAGCAAUGGCGUAUGGGACAAUGGAGCAGCAUGUGGCCGGAGGUAUCGCAUCAGGUGCAUCAGUGGACUAAAGCGACCAUGCAAGGAUGGCUCCAUAGUUGUGCAGGUGGUGGAUGUCUGUAGGAGCAAUCCGUGCCGGACGACUCUAGUCUUAUCAAGAAGAGCCUUUGACGCCAUUUCUAGAAUCCCUAAUGCCAAAAUCAACGUUGAAUAUGCUCAGUAA